AUGGAGGCAGAUGGUUUCAUUAUAUCUUCCGAGCAGUUUGAUGAGGAUGACAGAAUUUCGCAUGCGUAUAAUCGAUUUCAGGCAACUCAACCUUCCGACACCAACGCAGGCCAUAAAAAUUGUUUCAAGUUCCAUUCUGAAAGACGUGGAUUGAAGUGGCAAGGGACACAAAACUGUGACGAUCACGAUUGCCAUGUUGUUGGAAACUAUGAAAAUGAAGAUGAUGAGAAGAAUGAGGAUGAUGUAAUUUCACAUACUUAUAAAUCUUCAUCGUCAUCAUCAUCUCGCCAUUAUGACAUCAGCAAAAACAAAGAAAAUGAUUUCAAAUGUCACCCAGAAAAAUGUGGAAGGAGAGGUGAUGGGAGACAGAAACGUGUUCGGUUUCAACUGGAUGAUGACAAUAACCAGUUGGGUAGAAACUAUAAUGAUGAAGGUACUGAUGAUGAUAAUAAAGAGGAUUAUUCCAUUUCACAUACGUAUAAAACAUCAUCAUCAUCAUCCCGAAAGUACGACAUCAAUAUAAACAACGAACAUUUUUAUGAAGCUCAUCCAAACGGUAGUAAGAUGAAACAGAGAAGAACGCUAAAGCGAGUCAGGUUCCAACUGGACACUGUGGAAAACAUCCCACUUCACAAUGAAUAUGUCAACUUCCACUCAACAAUAAACGUCAGUGAAAUAUUGGAGGCACAGAGGAACACGGCAUCGAAGAUGUUUCAGUUGACGCAAGACCACAAACGACGAUUUGCUGGGAAACAGAAAAAGACAAGUCGCGCCAAGAAAAUAAAAAACUUCUUCAGGAAGAAAUUUCAAAAUUUAUUCAAUUGUGGAUCAAAGAAUUUAGAGCAAUGUUAUACAGAAUAUUUAAAUUCUGCAAACGUGUAA